CUCUCACAAGCAGUGGCUGUUCCUGUUGCAGAAUGACAGAAGGAAAUAUCCAGGAUGGGCUGACUCUUAAGGAUGCCCAAGGCUACUGUGAAGCUUAUCGUAACUGGAGAUGACUUUGGCUACUGCCCAAGAAGAAACCAAGGCAUUGUGGAGUGUUUCCUCGCAGGAGCUGUUUCCAAUGUGUCCCUUCUGGUCAAUGGCAGCGCUGUCUCUGAUGCAGUUCAACUGGCAAGGAGGUAUCAUAUUCCAAUAGGACUCCAUGCCAACCUGUCUGAAGGCUUACCUGUUUGCCCAGCGCUGAAAGAGGAAUCCUCACUACUCAACAAAGAAGGGUUCUUCCAUGGAAAGAUGGGGAUCAGGACGGUGUUAGCAGAAGGUCUCCUUAAGAUGCUUGCUAUUAUUAUUGUUAUUAUUUAUCAUUGUCUUCCAGAGAUCAGACAUGUCUUUGCACAGGUGCUAGAGGAAUAUGGAAUCAUACAUACUCGCGUACCUAUUGAACCAGACCUUCCCCACUGCAGCUGGAUAGAUCCGCACUUGAUGGAUUUUUACCUGGGUGUGGAAAAGGAUUCGCUUGACACAGUGGAUGUUUUCACAAAGCAUGGGAUAAGGUGGCCAGAUAUAUAUAUAGGCUUGAGCACUAUGGGAAAAAAUAUGUCCAUGAGCAACAUCCUCAGAGCCAUUGAUAACGCUACUACAGAUUUCCUGGCUAAGGAAAAUGCCUCCAUUCCCUCAAGCUCACCCUCAUGCCCAGAUCAAGGAAUCAGAACUGUAACAAUUGAGCUGAUGACGCAUCCAGGAUACCCCAGUGUUCCACCGGUUGGGGGCUGUGGUGAGGGACCAGAUGAUUUCUCUCAGUCAUGGGAACGCUUGCAUGAACUCAAGACAUUGAAGAACCCAGAGCUGCAGAGCCAUUACGAAACAAGGAACAUUCAGCUGUGUGCGUUUAAAGACCUUUAAAUAUGAAUGGCUGGAGAAUGGCCCUUCAGUUUUUACUGGAGACACAGGGCUGGAUUCAGUGUGAUGCUAAGUAAAUGACAGAUGGAAGACCACACACAAAUGGAAGGCAUCUCCAUGCAACAUAACUGUAGAAGAAUUUGCUAUGAUGGAGCGUGCUCCCAUUCUGGUUGUUGUCUCUCAGAGCCCCUCCUCACAAGAAAGGGGAUUACGGGCUGUGAUUCAGUAAGAAGAAAUUUGAAAACAUCGGCAGGGUGGCCUGCAUAAAAAACUGAGUAUCAUCCAUAAAAUUGAAGAUUUUAGAAGUCAGAAAGGAGGAGGAGAAGCUGGGUGUGGUUUUUGUGGGUCUGUCAUGUCGGACUUGCCUCUGUUGUGGGCACAGAAGAUCCUGUUUUAUGGGCUGGAGAGUUAGAAUCAAAAUAUUAGGAUUCUAAAACCUUCAGACUGGUCCACUGAAUGGGAAUUCUGAAGUAGGGACUGUAGAGGCAGGGCUAUACACACACAUUGAAAAAGUAGACUUCUGUAGAAGACAGCCAAGAUUCCAUACCAAUAAAAGCUGAAUUCUACCCCCUGUAUAAGUUAUGGACAGUUGUCUAUCGUCCCUAAGUAUCCCGUGUUUGAAGCUGCCCUAGACAGGAUCAGUAUUAUCUCUGACCAACAGCAGUUCUCCAACUUCUCAAGCAGCAAAAAAGUCUUUCCCAGUUCUGAUGAUCUAAGUACCAUUAAUGGGAAAUGUUACCGAUUGAAUCAGGGACCUUCUACCUGGCAAAGCAUGCGCUUCACCACUAAAACCAAGAUGCCUCUGUUAAUAUAUGAAGCUGCUUUAUACCAAGUCAGCCUAUUGGUCCAUCUGGCUCAGUACUGUGUACCCUAAUUGGCAGCAAGCUCUUCAGGGUCUCAGAUAGCAAAUGGUCUUUCUGGGCCCAAUUGUCUAAGAUCCUUUUCAGCUGGAAAUAUGAGGGACAGAACAGAGGGCUUGUAUGGGCAGAGAGCCCCCAUUACAAGCAUCGAUUACUGUAUUGUGGCAUAAGGAAGCAGCACUCUUCAUCCUAUGACGCUCUACACAUCUUAGAGCCCAGCGUAGCUGAGAUUGUCUCCUCGGAAGUAUCCCAUAAUAUUACCAGGUCAUCAGAG